CACGUCUUGACAUCACUGGCCCCGCCCCAUGCCCCGGCUGGCUUAGCCAUGGCGUCGCUCGUCUCUCAGUAACGGGCUGCGGUUCAAUAUGGCUGCCGGUGAAUUCAUGUCCUGAUGGAACGCAACCUUGUUUUCUCUUCGCGCUCAUUCAUCUAGCAGGACCGAGCAGAGUGCGCCCGCCGCUGCCGUCACCCUCCCGUCCCUGUCGCUCUCCUUCAUUGCACCGGCUGCUGCAUGUCUGCAGCUGAAAGGGGGCGUUUUACUGAUAAUUUCCUCACCUGUCUGUGCAGCACCCUCAGAUACCUGACCUACUUCAGGUCCAGGAAGAAAUCCCUGCACUACUGCAAGAUCAAGGAGCCCAAACUGGAGGAGAUGGACGAGCAGAGUGUGGAGGGCAUAGCAGAGGUCUUCAGAUGUUUCAUUUGUAUGGAAAAGCUGAGGGACGCGCGCCUUUGUCCACACUGCUCUAAGUUGUGUUGUUUCAGCUGUAUUCGGAGAUGGCUGACUGAACAAAGAGCUCAGUGUCCACACUGCAGGGCUCCAUUGCAACUAAGGGAAUUGGUUAACUGUAGGUGGGCAGAAGAGGUUACUCAACGGUUGGACACACUCCAGUUGUGCAGUCUUAACAAACAUGAGGAAAACGAGAAGGAUAAAUGUGAGAAUCAUCAUGAAAAGCUCAGUGUAUUUUGCUGGACUUGUAAAAUAUGUAUCUGUCACCAGUGUGCUCUCUGGGGUGGAAUGCAUGGAGGGCAUACGUUCAAACCGCUUGCGGAAAUUUAUGAGCAGCAUGUCACAAAAGUAAAUGAAGAGGUAGCCAAACUUCGCCGGCGGCUAAUGGAACUCAUUAGUCUUGUGCAAGAAGUGGAGCGAAACGUUGAGGCUGUACGAGGCGCUAAGGAUGAACGUGUUAGGGAGAUCCGGAAUGCUGUGGAGAUGAUGAUUGCCAGAUUGGAUACCCAGCUUAAGAACAAGCUUAUUACACUUAUGGGUCAGAAGACUUCUCUCACUCAGGAAACAGAGCUUCUUGAAUCACUUUUACAAGAAGUAGAACAUCAGCUUCGUUCUUGUAGUAAGAGUGAGCUUAUCUCCAAAAGUCCGGAGAUUCUUAUGAUGUUCCAGCAAGUUCAUAGGAAACCCAUGGCUUCUUUUGUUACUACACCGGUUCCACCAGAUUUUACCAGUGAACUGGUCCCCUCUUAUGAUUCCACUACAUUUGUUCUAGAAAACUUCAGCACUUUACGCCAGCGCGCUGACCCAGUGUACAGUCCACCUUUGCAAGUAUCUGGUCUCUGUUGGAGGUUAAAGGUUUAUCCAGAUGGAAAUGGAGUAGUAAGAGGAUACUAUUUAUCAGUCUUCCUGGAACUUUCUGCUGGACUCCCAGAGACAUCAAAGUAUGAGUAUCGAGUGGAGAUGGUUCACCAGUCUUCCAAUGAUCCUGCCAAAAACAUCAUUAGAGAAUUUGCUUCAGAUUUUGAAGUGGGAGAGUGCUGGGGGUAUAAUCGUUUUUUUCGACUGGAUCUACUUGCAAAUGAAGGCUACCUUAAUCGUGCAAAUGAUACUGUAAUUUUAAGAUUUCAGGUUCGUUCCCCUACAUUCUUUCAGAAGAGUCGAGACCAGCACUGGUACAUCUCUCAGUUGGAGGCGGCACAAACUAGCUAUGUUCAACAAAUAAACAACCUGAAAGAAAGGCUUGCAAUAGAACUCUCAAGAAACCAGAAAUCCAGAGGUUUAUCCCCUCCAGAUACUCAUCUCAGCCCCCAAAAUGAUGAAAGCCCAGAAGCCAGGACCACAAAGGCAGAUGUGAACAUUGAGAACAUUCCUUCUUUACCUACGCCUAGAGAUGCCGAAGAGGACGAGGACAAAAUUCUUCAUGACGUUUUUAAUCAGGAUCUCUCUGAUGGAGACCUGGAUGUUGAUUUGGCUGGGGAUGAUGAAGUGAACCAUUUGGAGGGCAGCUGUUCCUCUGCCAGCUCCACAGCCACCAGCAAUACAGAAGAAAAUGAUAUUGAUGAAGAGACUAUGUCUGGGGAAAAUGAUGUGGAGUAUGGCAGUAACAUGGAUUUAGAAGAAGGAGAAUUGAUGGAAGAUGUAGCUGGCGCAGCUGGAGCCUCAGCAAGUCAUACAUAUGGUGGCAGCAGAAACUGCAGGCGAUCUGGGAACAUAAGUGCUUCCAGCAGCAGUAGUUUAUUGGACCUAGACCCUCUUAUUCUUAUUCAUUUACUCGACCUCAAAGACAGAAACAGUGUGGAGAAUCUUUGGAGCUUGCAACCUAGACCUCCCGCAUCACUUUUUCAGUCCUCAGCGUCCUGUUCCCGCAAGGACAGGGACACGCGUGCACAGCAUACUUCUUGGCGAGUCUCUCCUGAUUUGAAAAUGCUAAAGAGGUACAAGUCCCAGGUGCUUGAGGUGCGCAGCAAACUAUCUGCUGUGAAGAGUCAGUUAUGUGAUGUCAGAAGUAGCAAUGCUAGUGAAGGCCAGCUGAACACUGUUGGAGACCUGGACUCGCUGGAUUCGCUUGCAACAGGCAGUGGAGAAGGCUGCAGUAAGUUACAAGAGCUGGGAAUGGAGUUGCUCCGGAAAUCCUCUCUUGCAAGCUGUUAUGUGAGAAACAGUACCAGUAAGAAAUGUAACUCGCCCAAGCAUUCUAGAUCCAGUGAAAGAGCAGGGAGUCUGUCUCUGAGGAGAGCAGUUGACUGUGGAGGAGAUGGUGGUCACCGUGUGAAAGGAGAAGGUCAAGUCCCUUCUGAAGGCUGUAACAAUGGAACCAAGAGUGGUAGCAGACAUGGAUCUCCAAGGUCUCUAAAUGUGAGUCCUGAGGCGCCUUCUAGUUCUAAAGCAGAUGACAGACAGGCCGACCUACUCGGUGCUGAAAUACAAGCAAUGUGCCUGGAAAAGACUAGAAAAAUAGUCACAUUGGGGUCAAACUCUAAAGGAUGGAGUGGAAAAGACAGUUCACAAGCAGGCAGCUUGGAUAGUGACCAAGAUGCUGGGGACAUUAACCCUGUGUUAUCUGAUGGUACUUCUUAUCCUGAUGAAGCUACAGUGUGUUCCAAGCACAUUCUUCACAUUUUGCCAGGCAUGAGCAGUGACAGUGACAUUGAAUGCGAUACAGAAAAUGAGGAACAGGAGGAAAGCCUUAACUGCGCUGGCUUCAAUGAAACCUUCACAACACAACCUUCAGGUGAAGAUCAAGGCUGUUCUUUUACAGAUAACAAUAAUAUAAGCUCAGAAGACCUUCAUUUUGCUGCUGGAGAAGAUAGUGGAAGUUUGCUACAUGCACCUGGUCCCACAAAGGGUUGAAUACAAGUAAUUUGGACGGACCUAACUGUUCACACUCAUUGAGGACUUCAGACUGAACACUAGACUACUUAAGAUAUCUUCUAUGUAGGAUGCAUAUUCACUGUAACUUAUUUAAGUUGCCUACAACAGUAUGACAAGCAACGCUACACAUGAGGCCUUCAUAAAUCACAUCAAGGAAGCACCUGAAUAACCCCUUUCAUCCUAAACAUGCAGUAAAUAUGAACGAAUAAAUAAAAUUCUCUUGUAAUUAGCACAGUGCAGGGAAAGGGGAAAAAUAAAUUGUACAUCUGCAAAAGAAAGAUUAUCCCUCUUCAUCAGCCUGAAAUAAAAAGUGGCAACGAGUUCCCUUUAUGGCUCUACAUAUGGUGUGCUGAUCGGUGGUCAACCCUAAACGACCAUAGCUCUAGCUGAAAGUUGAUGAUCUGACCCACCCAAUUGUUUUUUUAUAAUGGACUACACUGACCAGAUCUUUCACCAGAGUUCCCAACUCUACAAGUACCACUAUCUUGGUCUCUUUUUCUUUUUAUGCUUUUACUUUUGAGAAGUAAAUAAGAUGGAAAAAAUAAAUAUUUUUGAGAGAGCUGUGGCAGUGUUCAGAAUAUGAGUAAAAAAGCAGAUAUCUUGUCAAUGGAGUCCCAAUGGCAUGUGAGGAACAUACAGAUGAUUCAGCACAUCAACAUCUAUGCCAUCACCUUGCAUUGUAAUAGGUAUUUGCCAGUUCCAGCCAAUAAUCAGUCAUGCGGAGCUCACAGCAGGUUAUACAAGUUGCUAUGUUACUCAGAAUGAGCUAGACAAUGGCUGGAGUUAGGAAUUUGUAUUCACAAGUCAGUUUCGCACAUUCUUCUCUGAUAUCUGGCUGCUUUAUUUUUCUCAAGACCCCCCCUAGCAACUGAAUAUGAAAUGAAUACUGAUGUUUACUUGUCCAGUGGACAGCUACUUCAUUCAUCAGUCUGUUUAAGGGCUACAGCAAACGCUGUUGCAUCCAACAUUUCUUUGUUUAUUGGAUAGUGUAAGCCCGGCUGGGUGCUGUGGUUUCUCUUGACAUCACUACAGGACAAAGUAAUGACAUUGCAGGUGGUCAGAUACAAUCUAUCCAAUGCACACCAGAAGUGUUGUGACAGUGGGUGGGGGCCACAGUGCAAGAGCAGAGGUUGGAGUGGUCACCCAAGUAACAGGUAAGUAUUGGUAAUAUUUAUUUACAGGGUACUCCUAUCUCCAGUGUCUUAAAGUGGUUCCAAAGCCUUGUUUUUUUUGUUUGUUUUUUUCACCUUCAUGCAUUCUCUGCAUUAAGGUAAAAAAAACAACUUCUGUGUCCAAGGUCGCCCCAGCCCCCUUAUACUUGCCUGAAUCUGAUCUUGAUCCAGCGCUGUGCAUGACAGCUGUGGCUCUCUCCCUCCUAACAGAACAGAUUUAUAGCAGCACUAGAGGGGUUGGAAGCUAGCCCAUAGGAGUCCCCCCCCCCCCCCCCAAGCAGGUAACUGGGGGGAGGAAGGUCUCGGCAGGCAGGAGAAGCCAGGAUCACCGGCAGGAAACCCCAGCAAAGGUGGGUCGGGGCUGCUCUGCAAUACCAUUGCACAGAGCAGGUAGGUUUCACACCAUGUUUUUUUUUACAGUUUAGAAUCACUUUAACCUAGUGACAGAAGCUUUGAUGUUAUAUGCCGACCCCCUUUUGAGAACAACAUACAUUCUCUCCCUCUCUAUGUAUGUUCCUUUACUGCACUGAAUUAAUCACAACAGAGCUCAGAUUUCCUAUUUUAUCGGCAUGACUACUUUUUACAUGUGUCUGUCUUGUGCAAAAUAUGUAAGUAUUUAUUAAAAGUGGCUCAAGGCAUCGUAAAGGCAAUAAUACAAUGCGUCUAUCUGUUCAAAUGAAAUGAUAUAAAAGCCCUAUCAGUACACAUAUCAGUGCUACAGAGGUGCUAAAAGAUGGAUAUCAGCAAUAACCUAACAAAGAAUAUUCUUUCUUGAACAUUCCUAGGCUUUGUUAAACCUUUUUCAAACUGAGGUUUUUCUCUAAAUAUUUUAAUACUGAAAAAUGAUGAGUACAUUUGCAAUGACUGAAAAUGCAUUAAUAUACAUGCAUACAUGUACAAUUUAAAAUGUUGAAAUUGAGAUGCAAGAAUGAGCCAUGAAUAUCUACAAGUUUUAACAAAUCGGAUUUUUUUUUUUGCUUUACAUUCACUACCAAGCUGAUAGGUUGCCAUAACACAUAUGACACUGAUCACGUUUCAGUCCUCUUCUACUGUGGUUUGUUAUGAAGCUCAAAAAUGUUCACUUUAGUAUACUUUGUAGGGUAGAGCAAACUGC